CAACUCAUUAUCUUAAGUGGCCUAUCCUUUUCUACAUGGCAUUUGGUGCUAUGACAGUCUCUUUCAUGUGCAAUAAGGAGUUGCUCAUCUUUGGGCUAUUCAAAGCAGCGUGUUAAGGCUGGUUUGUAUAGUACACUUUCGAAAUUAUUGCCACUAUUGGUUCUUAAUUGCUGAAAGUUGCUGUUAUUUUUUGUAAAUGAAGGAUGAAAAGAGGACAGAAGCGACCGCGAAUUGAAAAAGGGAGUACUAGUGGGACGGAAGCACCUAUGGAAAGUACCAAUAGCAAUCCUUAUCUAUUAUUCCUAUACGUAUGUUUACCACCGAUGUAGUUAACUGGAUAAUGUGUUCAAUUCCACCUUAUAUUUAGCUUAACAAAAUUUUGUACGCAUUGAAAUGCAGUGACGACUAUAUAAAAAAAGCAAGAACGAAAAAGACCGGUCCGAGGUUUUUUGUAAGAGAGGUUAGAGUUAUUGCAGUUCUAACUCGUAAACUUUAUAAUUUUUAAACUUCAGUGAUAGAUAUUGAUGAAAUUUUGACUACGUAUCUCAUGUUUUGGGUCUCAAUCUUCUUCUGAACUAUGUAGGUUACCUCAUUAGCUGCAGAAGCAUGGAACAAUAUGUCUGAUGCUGACAAAAAACCAUUCUUGGACUUAGCCAACCAAAGAAAGGCCCGCACAAACAAGAAUGCCCCCAUAAAGAAGAAGACGCAUGCGUUGCCAGUGUUUCGGAGUAGGUGUUCACCAAAGGCAUUGGUUAAACUAAAUGCAUCGUUAAACAAAGAUCAAAGAACUGCUGUUGAAAUAGUUGGUUUCGGAUCGAUGCUAACUCUACAAUGUGAAAUUCUGAAACGUGAAUUCAUAUCAAAAUUGGUUCACCACUUCAACCCGAUGAACAAGACCUUAGAAUUUGGGAGGAUGAAAGUCUAUUCAAUCACGCCAGCUGAUGUUGGAAAGGCAUUAGGGCUACCCCUAAGAACCGUACCAGUUCCGACUACUUGUGAAAAUUUCCACUUUGAACAUAUUCGGGCCAUGUUUGCUGCAGGGGAUGAACAAUUGAAGAGAGGGGUAACCUUUGAAAUGAUGAAGGAAGUUUUUAAGUCGGGGGUAGCAGAUGCGAAGUUCCAGACUUCGUAUGUCCUGUUUGUCUUGUCUUCUUUAUUGUGUCCAACGACAAAGGAUGUGGCCUCCACCAAGUUCUAUCCGGCAGUGUAUGAUUUAACCAAUAUUUCGUCAUAUGCAUGGCCACAGUUUGUGUUGGAUUGGUUGGUCAAGGAAAUAACGAUGUUUAAGAAGAGAGAUGUGAAGGAGGUUGAUAAUAGAAAGGAUGCCCCUGGCGUUUCUGGUUGUGUGUUGCUCUUAAUGCUUAUAUACUUUGACAAAGAGGAGAUGGGAAUGAAUGUUGGUAAUGUUGGUGUUCCGUUGAUUCAGUCUUGGACGACGAAUCUUAUAAUGGAACGAAUUGCCAAGGAGGAGAAUUUGGAGUAAGUAGAUCCCAUUUCCGGCCAAUUUCCUCAGCCUCGUUUACUGCAUCCGGAGGCGAAAAAGGCUUAUCAUACUCUGCAGAAAUCAUUUCUUGAACAAAUGCAAUGCAUCAUCAUCAUGGACGCUGCCUUGAUGGGUCAUGUUUUUGAAACAACAACCGAAAAAAUUCCCUCAAAAGAAACCGAUGUCAGGGAGAUGGACAGUCCUUUGGAUGAUGAUGCUUGUCACGAAAUUCCGUCAAGUUCCACAUCUACUCCUAAAAUGGCAGGGAAAAGGGUUGCCGCAGAUGAAAUGGAUGAGGAUAGGAUAUCCGGUUUUGAAAAUGUUCAAAAUGACCGUGACAUGCCAUUGUACACCCCUGAGCACAGGUUCGAUGAUGUUGUACACACCUCCAUUAUGGACAAAUGUGGAAGUCAGACGGGGAUGGCAAUUGACCAACAGAAACUGAACAUGGAAGAAGAAGUACAAGUGCAAGAACAAGUCGUGGAAAACCAAGGCAAAGUUGACGGAGAAGGUGAACAAGUUGAAGUUCAAGUACAUGUGGAUGGAGUUGUAGAAGAACAUGCUUUGACUCGACCAUCAAAGAAACGGGGUAAUAGGACAGUCAAAGCAAGUAAAGCUACAAGGACGCCAUAUGUGGCUGAACCGGAGGUCAAAGAUUCAAAGUUCACAAAAGAAGAAAGUAAAUUCAUUGAAUAUGUUAUGAAACCAGCUCGGAAAAAGGAAGAUAUAGCGGGUCUUGUUUCUAUGGAUGGCAUGACGUUCAGCCCAUCUCGGACAGAUUUACAGAAUGUGUUCAAAGAAAGGGGUCUGAUGUCGAAUUUGGUCAUGGAUAGCAUGAUUGUGUGGUUGAUGAAAGAGGAAAUAAAGAAGUCUCCCAAAAAAUACGGAGUCCCCAUUCCCACACGGCACAUGUUCUCAAGCACAUUUGUGGUAUUUUCAAAUGGAUACCUUAGAUCAAAGUU